GGGAAGGAAGGGAGGAGAUGGAGGUGGGUCACAUGGUCAGUGCCGCACUCUGUGACUCUCCUGUGUCUCAAUCGCUUUUGUUGUGAAGGGGAGGAACCCGAGGAGCGAAGCAGCAGCAGCAGCCGUACCAGGAGCCAGCCCAGCAGGAAACCUUCCCAGCCAGGCUCUUCUGCUGCUGCUGCUUUGCAGACACACGCCCAGCCAGGACCGGGGAAGAAGCGCCGCCGCUGCAGAGACAGCCGCUGUACUGUGCCGGCUGGCGGGGAGCCUGGGGGCACAUGUAGAGGAGCAGCGGCAGGGAGCAGGAGAGUCGGGGUGCAAGUCCUGCUUGGCCGCAGAGUACCGCGUCCCCCAGUCGGGAGUUUCACGGUCCCUGGUGCCGUCUCGUCGGAGGAGGAGAGUAUGGAGGUCAAUGCAGGGAGUGUGAUUGCUUACAUCAGCUCUUCAAGCUCAGCGUCGAGCCCAGCCUCUUGUCACAGUGAGAGCUCAGAGAGUAGUUUCCAGUCAUCCUCUUCGCCUGUACCAUCUUCACCAAACAGUUCCACCUCCGAGAGCAGCUGUAACAGUAGGAGCAGCGAGGGUUCUGACGGCAUGCCAAAGAAUGAUCAGCUAGAUGAUGCUGUUAAAACAAGCCGGUCGAGUGCUGCUGGAUUGACCAAGGGCCAUGGUGGACUUACAAAAUUUAAUGGCAUGGUCCUCCUGUGUAAAGUCUGUGGGGAUGUCGCUUCAGGAUUUCACUACGGUGUUCAUGCUUGUGAGGGUUGUAAGGGUUUUUUCAGAAGAAGCAUUCAGCAAAACAUCCAGUAUAAGAAAUGCUUGAAGAAUAACAACUGCUCUAUAAUGAGAAUGAAUAGGAACAGAUGCCAGCAAUGCCGCUUCAAAAAAUGUUUGUCUGUUGGAAUGUCAAGAGAUGCUGUUCGAUUUGGCCGCAUUCCUAAACGUGAAAAACAGAGGAUGCUGAUUGAAAUGCAAAGUGCCAUGAAGACCAUGAUGAACUGCCAGUUCAAUGGUCACUUGCCAAAUGAAACAGUAACAGAGCAUCAGGAGCAAGCGCCCCCAUUGUCUCAAGAAGCGCUUACAUCCAAACCCCAACAAGAGGUGGAAAACAUCAAAAGUCCAUCUCCUCCUCCUCCUCCCUCUGACAUUGCGAAGGAAGAAGUGAUUGGUAUGGUGACCAGAGCCCACAAGGACACCUUCAUGUACAACCAGGAGCGAUCUGAAAACCCAGCUGAGGCCAGGCAGCCACAGAGCGGGGAAAGAAUUCCAAAGAACCCUGAGCAAUAUAGUUUGAAUAGUGACCAUUGUAGCAGUGGGCUUAGUGACACCCAUUAUACUGAGAGUGAGCAACAUCUUGCUGGACAAUACAAAGGGAGAAAUGUAAUGCAUUAUCCAAAUGGCCACUGUAUGAACUUUCCCAAUGGUUAUAUUCAAAGAAUGUGUGAAAGGAUCCCAGAAGAUGGGUUUUUGGCAAAUGAGAACAUGAAUAUUUACUCAUGCAACACUGGAGGGAGAAUGCACCUGGUUUGUCCAAUGAGCAAGACUCCCUUUGUGGACCCAAGUAAGACUGGCCAUGAAGUCUGGGAAGAAUUUUCGAUGAGCUUCACCCCUGCAGUGAAAGAAGUGGUGGAGUUCGCAAAACGCAUUCCAGGGUUCCGAGAUCUUUCCCAGCACGACCAGGUUAAUCUUCUAAAGGCUGGGACCUUUGAGGUUUUAAUGGUACGGUUUGCGUCUUUAUUUGAUGCAAAGGAACGUACUGUCACCUUUCUUAGUGGAAAGAAGUACAGUGUGGAUGAUCUGCAUUCAAUGGGAGCUGGCGAUCUACUCAACUCCAUGUUUGAAUUUAGCGAGAAACUAAGUGGCCUGCAACUUAAUGAUGAGGAAAUGAGUUUGUUUACCGCAGUUGUCCUGGUCUCUGCUGGUUCAAAACGCUAUGGACUUGCUUCAAAGCCGGUUGAAGUCAUACGAGUCUUCCCAAUGACUUCAGUGGGAUUUGCAUCAGGCCCUGGAGAUCCGAUUCUGCACCAUACAAGUCAAUGGCAGUUUUGCCGCUAACGGCAGUGGGGUGAGAGGAGGCUUGGGCUGCACUGUAGCAUGAACAUUGGGCCAUCAGUUCUUAAGCAGAAAUCUCAGUUGAAAGUGAUGAGUUCUGCCCAAAAGUGAAUGGCAGGGGAGCCAGACUAAAGGGGAUCUGGAAAGAGUGCAGUGCUAUUCUUGCUUUGCCAAAAAGCGGAGGGGCACAGCCUUUCCUAAUAGCUCCCCCUCCUCCUCAGCUGGUGGGGUGAGAGCUCUCCUCCUGUUUCAGACUACUUCAACCACUGGAGAACGCCCCCCCGCCCCCUUAAAAUGUUUUCAACAGAUUACAUUUCUAGGGCAUUUCCCCCUCAUUUCUGUCAGCACUGCAGCCAACCAAUAUUAUUAGUUUUAGAGCUUCACUUGUAUUCUAAAAUGCACAUUUAUGAAAGGAUACAAGUGCAUCAUUUGUUUCUGCAAGGAGUCAAGGUGGCUCUUUAUAAACCCUAUUUCAAAAGUGAUGGUCAAACUGACCCCUGAUUUUUGGCUUAUAGAGGCCUCUUUACCAUCUCUCUCUCUCUUUUAAAACUUUUAUUAUUAAGCCUUUAGGAAUGUAUAACCAGGACUGUGUAAGUAUCGCUUAUUCAAUUUUUAGUUAGUUUCAAUAUAUAUGCAAUAGCUAGAUAUUCUGACUUGUGCAAUUUCAUUUGAAUGAAAUCUUCCUACAUGUAAUGCAAACAGAACUUAUAUCAGCUGAAAAAAAAAACCCAGAUUCAUGCCAAAAGGUUUGAUGGAAAAGAAGAAGCUAUUCAAAAUGGCUCCAUAAUUGAACUUCAAAACGAAAGUUACAUUAGCCAUGUCUUGAGCGCAUUCUUUUACUGUGUCACUGGUUAUACACUUGUUAAAUGCUGAGAUAAUAGUCUUCAGGCAGAACACUUAUAAGUACUGUAGAUGGGACUUUGCGGAACGAUUAAUAUAACGUACUGUAUGAAUUUAUUGAAAUGUUCCUCUGAUUUUACAGGUUUAAAAAGAUUGUUAUGGGCAUUAUGUUAGCAAACAAAGCUGUUUCCAUGCUGUUAUGUAUCUCUAUACAUGUAAAGUCUACAUCGGGGAGGACCAGUACAUAUGCCAAGGCACAGCGAAUCAGAACGCCAGCUGGUGUACGGUCAGUGGAGCUACACUGAUUUACCCUGGCAUAAGAUACUGAUUUUUCCUGCAAGGUGGAUGAAUGGUUGGUUAGUUGCAGAUGAUUUAUUAUUCCAAACAGGGUAGGAGUAGCUUUCUGUCGGUUUAAUACUAAUUUAAAACCUCUUCACUGCAUUGUAACUGAGUAGGGUACUUGGUUUGUUUUCUGUAAAACUAGUCUCAGGGAGACAAGUGCGCACAAAAGCAACUGAUUAGCUUUGAUUUUCCAAUUUAAAAUUUGCAGAAUGUCAAUGAAGCGUUUAUCAUUUCAAGCUAUCAGUUCUAGAGAGCUGGAAACACAAUUUAAAGGGGCACUGUCAAGCUUCCCUGAAAAUUUUGUAGCUGCUGCUGCUAAACAAAAUAACCACACACACUAAAACCCCCAUUAUUGAAAGAAAAUAGAGAAAACUCUUGCCAUUUGGCUUUGUGCAUUUGGCAGUAUUUUGUGUAUUGACACUGCUUGCCAUGUAGAGUGGCUGGCCACCAAAUGCUUCAGUCCUGUAGUGAGCUCCACGUGGUCUGAAACCUGUGCCCACACAGAACCUUUGAGACUCCAGCGGUGUUCUGUGCUGGUGCAGGGAGGGGGCCUGAGGGGAGCCCAUUGCAGAAUCCCAGCCUUAGGCAGAGCACUUAAGCAUGGGCAGUGGGACUCUCACACAUAGCAUCAUGGGGGAGGGGAGGAGGAGGAGAGUGACAAAAGUCCUCCAAAAGAGGCAGGGAGCCAGAUGAGAAAUUACUUUUAAGUCAUUUGGAGAAACUAACUGGAUUUCAAGUUGACAGUGCCCCUUCAAAUGAGGAUCUUGCCUUGACUUGGUCCCAAAUUCUGAUUUCCAGUUGUUCAUGCACUAGCAGAAAUAAAUGGUACCUUUUACAAGGAAAACGGAUCUAAUAAUCUGGGUACUAUGUAUUAUUAAAGUAUAAAUGGACAUGGGCAUAGACAGUAUCUCAUCCUGUUUCUGAACCAUCAUCUAAAACUAUGGGAGGUAUGGAGAAUAAAGAUUAUUUCUAGCCAA